GUUCAUUCAUUAUUAGUACGGUACCGGGUUGGAGUAAUUAAAAGGCCACCCUCCACUCGCACCACCACACUUUAGCUCCCCACUGCUAUAGGCAGCCCACAUGCGCGCACACUCCUAAGCUAGCUAUAGCAGCAAGGCAGCCAGCUGAGCUCAGAGCUCCCAGUCCAGCGCCGGCGCCACCACCGCAGCUGCUCGCUGGUCACCAUGAGCAAGGAGAAGCACCACCGCGACUGGAUCCUCCGGCGCUGCUGCGGCUCCAUCGCCGCCUGCAUCCUGACGCUGGCCGUCGUCGUAGGCUUCAUCGUGCUCGUCAUCUACCUGGCGCUGCGCCCCUCCAAGCCGUCCUUCUACCUGCAGGACGUGCAGCUGCGCUCCAUCGACCUCAGCGACCCGGCGCUCUCCCUCGACCUCCAGGUGACGAUCGCGUCGCGGAACCCGAACGAGCGGGUGGGCGUGUACUACAAGACGCUGGACGCGUUCACCACGUACCGCGACGAGGCGGUGACGGUACCCGUGUCGAUGCCGGCGAUCUACCAGGGCCACAAGGACGUGUCGGUGUGGUCGCCGGUCAUGUCGGGCGACGCGGUCCCCGUGGCGCAGUACGUGGCGGACGCCAUGAAGCAGGACAUCGAGGCGGGAUACGUGCUGCUCCACGUCAGGGUGGACGGCCGCGUCAAGUGGAAGGUCGGCAGCUGGGUCUCGGGCAGCUACCACCUCUUCGUCAACUGCCCCGCGCUGCUCGCCACCAGCGGCAGCGCCGGCGCCGCCGCCGGCGGAGGCGUCUUCGCCGCCAGCGCCGCGUCCGGGGUAGUCCCCGCCGGCGUCAACACCACCGUCUCCCUCAAGUUCACGCACCCGGCCGACUGCACCGUCGACGUGUGAGUCGUCGCUGCGCCACGAGCCCACGACGACGACCGGCGCGCGCUUCGUUCGUUCGUUUUCGUUCGUACUGGCUAGUGCGGCGCGGGGGAUCAACAUCGCCCCCUCGCUCGCGCGGUUAUCGAGCAAUUAGUUUUUCUUUUGUAGCAAAUGUUCGUUCUCAUAUAUUUUCCCUUCCGAAGCUGUGCAGAAAUAAGUUAAUAAGCUAUACAUACAUAUACAUGUGUACUAGAUUUGCUAUAUAUUAUUACCCCAUAUAUAUUUAAUAUGAAAACCUCACA